AUGUCGUGGAGACGCUACGGGAGAUCUUACGGUUCUCGACUGAGCUUCGAACGGUGUGAGGCGGUUCUCGGUUGGAAGGACGAUGAGGACAACGAGGGGCAAGUAGCGGGGUGGGGCGAUGCCAGUCGAAAAGGAGAUGACGACGAGAGGGCGUUGCAGAGCGAGCUGAGACGCACAAAGAUGAGGGACGUGGAAGGGGAUACGUUGCUGGAGAAGGGAGGAGUGCGCGAUGAUGAAAUUUUGGGACUUGAUGAGGGUGCGGUGAAGGGAUUAGGGAUUGAGAGGGUGAUGAAAUUUUGGAAUCAUGAUUUACUCAAAAGCUUGAAUAUGGACAAAAAUGAAGUUGUACGUAGGAUGAACAAUUCAGCUGCUGUUGCUACUGUACUAGUUAUGCUAAUGAUAUUAAAUGGUAGUACAUCGAGUUGUCAAGACUAUCUCAGGAUGCGCAUUGGACCUUUUAUGAACUUAGCUCAAAUGAUGAGAGAUGAGGGCUUAUUGAAGGACACAAUCCAUGUUCCUAUAGAAGAACAGUUGGCUACAUUUCUCUACAUAAUGGGACACAAGUCCAAGAAUAGGGCUUGCAGAAUUGACUUCAUACGUUCCGGGGAGACUAUUAGCAGGUAUUUCAAUAAAGUUCUAGGAGCUAUUUUUUCUCUUCGGGAUAGGUUUAUGAAACAAGCCCCAAAUGAAACUCCGGCAGAAAUUAUGGAAUCUAGUCAAUGGUUUCCAUUUUUCAAGGAUUGUAUUGGUCUAAUAGAUGGAACACACAUAGAUGCAACAGUACCAACUAAAGAUGCUCCUAAAUUUAGAGGACGCAAAGGGAUCACACAAAAUGUUUUGGCUGCAGUAACACCAAAUAAACGAUUCACAUAUGUGAUGGCUGGUUGGGAGGGAGCUGCAAAUGACUUCACAAUUCUUAAGGAUGCACUAUCCUUGCCCCCACCAAAUGGUUUGAGAGUCUACGAAGGAAAAUAUUAUUUGUGUGAUGCUGGAUACCCAACCAUGCCGGGAUUCAUUGCUCCUUAUCGUGGUGUACGAUAUCACUUGAAAGAACAUAGUGGAAGAGUUCCUAACAAUCGUCGAGAGUUAUUCAAUCUUCGGCAUUCAUCACUUCGUAGUAAGAUAGAAUGCACAUUUGGAAUCUUGAAAAGUCGAUUCAAGAUUCUUUCUGCCAAACCUCAUCAUCCUUUCCCAAGUCAAGUAAACAUCGUAAUUGCAUGUACUAUUUUACAUAAUUAUAUUGCUAUUAUUGAUCCGAAUGAUAAGUUCUUGAAUGAGUUUAUGCAUGUAAAUGAGGAGGAUGGAGAUAUCUUGAAUGAAGAUGCACCCAUUAUUGAUUUUACACAACAAAUGACUCAACGAGAACAACUUGAUACGCGGGAAGAGUGGAAGUCACGGCGAGAUCAAAUUGCAUAUGAAAUGUGGAUUGAAUAUUGUAAUCGACAUCGUAAAGGAGUCACGUAUGAGACACCUUUUUGAGAUUUAUAUGUAAUGUUUGUAAUGUGCUAUGUUAUGCAAUUUAAACUUUGUUAUGAUUUGUAGGAUUUGAACAUUUCAACAUGUAUGCAAUGUGGUAUGUAGUGUUGCUUUAUGUAGAA